AUUGGUAAAUUGCUAUUGCAGAAGAUGGGUUGGAAAGAUGGAGAUGGUUUGGGAAAGAAUAAUGAAGGAAUGAAAGUUCCUAUCGCCAUCGACGUGAAAACUGAUAGGAAAGAUCCAGAUCGAAUUAAGAAGCUGGCUCUGGAGAGAGCAAUGAUGCAACAAGCCAUAAUGUGCGACAUCAUUACAGGCAAACAUCCGGUUACCUAUCUCACCGAAACAUGCUCCAAACGAAAAUGGAACCCUCCAGACUUCGCUCUCCUCGAAGAGUCAGGACCCGACCACAAUAAAUUGUACAAAUUCAAGAUAACUCUGAAUGGGGUAGAAUAUCUGUCACCAAACAGCUCACAACAGAAGAAAAUAGCAAAAAUGGAAGCAGCCACGCUCUGCUUGCAAAAAUUAGGAUUAAUUCCUUGA